UCAAGGGAUUUUUUUGAUGUACUAGCAACAGAAAAUACCGUUUUACACAGAAGUACACAGAAGAUCACUGUGUAGUGAAAAGAAUGGAUAAAAAACCUAAUAAUCUCGAAUUCCCAGAUGUCAAAGACUACUUGGUCAAAGGUGACAGGUUCACAAAAUGGACAGAGGAUUCAUCCAAGACAUCGGUUGUCACCAUGAAAAUGGACUCAAAGGGCUACUACCUUUACUGGGUUAAUCAGAGCAGGGAGACAACAUUCCUGGAUGUUGCCACUAUUCGAGACACAAGAGCAGGAAAAUAUGCCAAGCUUCCAAAGAAUCCUAAGGUUCGCAAUGUGUUCAACAUGGACUUUCCCGACAGUCACCAUUUAGCCAAAACCUUGACAAUUGUGUCAGGCCUUGACACAGUCAACUUAACAUACCACAACUUCUUUGCUUACAAGGAAAAUGUAUCACAGGACUGGGCCACAGAUAUCCUGGCAAUAGUCUACAACACUCUGAGGAAUAAUGCAUGCAGACAAAUCUUCCUGGACAAAAUCUAUGUCCGGAUCUCCUUACAAACCAACAAGGAUGGCAAGAUCCCAGUCAAGAAUAUCUACAAGAUGUUCCCUGCAGACAAGAAGAGAGUGGAGAGUGCCCUGAGUGCAGCCCACCUCCCUAAAGGAAAGGGAGACACAAUGAAGGCUGACGUCUUUACUGAAGCUGCAUUCAAAACCUUCCUGAUGAAUCUGUGUCCCAGGCCUGAAAUCUACGAAAUAUUCACUACUUACUCAACAAAGCCCUACAUGACAAAGGAGAAUCUGACCAAGUUUGUCAACGAGAAGCAGCGUGACUCACGGCUGAACGAGGAGCUCUUCCCUCCAAUGCGCCCUGAGCAGGUGAAAAACAUCAUCGAGAAGUACGAGCCGUGCUCCUCCAACGCUAACCGAGGUCAGAUUUCUCCAGAGGGCCUCCUGUUCUACCUGAUGGGACCUGAAACAUCUGUGGUGCUACUGCAGAAGCUUUCCAAGUGUCACGAUAUGACCCAGCCCCUGCCUCACUACCUAGUAAAAUCAUCCCACAACACCUACCUCACAGCGGGCCAGUUCUCAGGCGUCUCAUCUCCCGAGAUGUACCGGCAGUGCCUGCUGGCCGGGUGCCGCUGCCUGGAGCUGGACUGCUGGAAAGGCAAGCCCCCCGAGGAAGAGCCAAUCAUCACCCACGGCUUCACCAUGACCACCGAGAUUCUCUUUAAGGACGUGAUUGAGGCUAUCGCGGAGAGUGCCUUCAAGACCUCUCCAUAUCCCGUCAUACUGUCCUUUGAGAACCAUGUUGACUCAGUCAAACAGCAAGAGAAGAUGGCCAACUACUGCAAGACCAUUUUUGGAGAUGCCCUGCUUACUGAACCUCUGGAGAAUUAUCCACUCAAGCCAGGCCAUCAAAUCCCAAGCCCAUCUGAGAUGAUGGGAAAGAUCCUGAUCAAGAACAAAAAGAACAGUGCGGCCAAACAGGAACCAGAGGCCCCCAAGAAGACUGCAGACCAGCCACAAGACCAAGCUGACCCAAACCAAACUGAACCAAAUCAACCUGACCCAAACCAAACUGAACCAAAUCAAACUGAACCAAAUCAAACUGAACCAAAUCAAACUGACGCAAGCGAAGCUGACCCAAACCAAACUGACCCCACCCAAACUGACCCAAAUCAAACUGGCCCCACCCAAACUGACUCCAACCAAACAGUCACCCAGGAGAGUCAAGAGGGGGAGGUACACGAUGACCAUGAGGAGCAUGACGACAAUGAUGAGCAAGAUGAGGAGAAGAUGAAGAACUCGGAUGAGGGAACAGCGGGGCAGGAAGUGACAGCCUAUGAAGCAAUGUCUGCCUUGGUCAAUUACAUUCAGCCCAAUAAGUUCAUCUCCUUCGAGAAUGCUAAAAAGAAGAACCGGAGCUACGCAAUCUCUUCUUUUGUGGAAACCAAAGGGGGAGAUCUGAUUGCCAAGUCAGCAGUGGAGUUUGUGGAAUACAACAAGAGGCAGAUGAGCAGGAUCUACCCCAAGGGCACCAGAAUGGAUUCAUCUAACUACAGUCCUCAGCCUUUCUGGACUGCUGGCUGUCAAAUGGUGGCACUUAACUACCAAACUAUGGAUUUUCCCAUGCAGCUGAACAUGGCCCUGUUUGAGUUCAACGGGAGGACAGGGUACCUACUUAAACAUGACCUCCUGCGUCGAAGUGACAAGAAGUUUGAUCCCCACACUGAGAGGUUUGACACCAUCAUCGCCAGCACGCUAACAAUAAAGAUCUACUCGGGCCAGUUCCUGUCGGACAAGAACGUGAAGACGGGCGUGGAAGUGGAGAUCAUUGGCUUGCCUAAAGACCCCAAACGCAAGUUCCGGACAAAGUGGUCGGCCACCGCUAAUGCCAUCAACCCUGUGUGGAAUGAGGAGCCCUUUGUCUUUGAGAAGAUCCUGUUGCCCGAGAUGGCCUCCCUCAGGAUGGUGGUCCAUGAGGAGAGUGGGAAGUUCCUGGGACACAGGAUAAUUCCCAUCGAUGCCAUACAGCCAGGUUUCCAUCACAUCUGCCUGCGCACUGAAAGCAACAUGCCUCUCACUCUCCCGUCUAUCUUUGUGUAUAUUGACAUUAAGGACUACAUUCCGGCAGCUUUUGCAGAUUUCACUGAUGCCUUAUUCAACCCAACCAAGACUGAGAAACCCUCAAAGCCCCAUGAGGAGUACGUGUCACCAUUUGAGUUGCCCCCUGUUACCCCUGUAGUCAAGGUGGAGGAGCAAUCAGCAGACCCAGUCACACAGCUAGAUGCUGAGACUCCUGCAGGUGAUGAACCUGCUCCAGAUGCUGAGACUCCUGCAGGUGAUGCACCUGCUCCAGAUGCUGAGACUCCUGCAGGUGAUGUACCUGCCCCAGAUGCUGAGACUCCUGCAGCUGAUGCACCUGCCCCAGAUGCUGAGACUCCUGCAGAUGAUGCACCUGCCCCAGAUGGUGACUCUCCUGUAGAAGAUACCCCUGCCCAAGAUACUGAGGCCCCUUCAGAUGAUCCCCCUGCCAAAGAUGGUGAUGCUCCUGCGGAAGGUACCUCUGCCCAAGAUGGUGAUGCUCCUGCAGAUAAUGUACCUGCUCCAGAUGCUGAGGCUCCUGCAGAUGCCCCUGCCAAAGAUGGUGAGGCCCCUGCAGAAGAUACCCCUGCCCAAGAUGGUGAUGCUCCUGCAGAUGAUGUACCUGCUCCAGAUGCUGAGGCUCCUGCAGAUGCCCCUGCCAAAGAUGGUGAGGCCCCUGCAGAAGAUACCCCUGCCCAAGAUGGUGAUACUCCUGCAGAUGAUACUCCUGCCCAAGAUGGUGAUACUCCUGUAGAUGCUGCUGCUGUCCCUUCCCUCAACACUGAUCCCCCCUCUGACCCUGCUAAACCUCAAGUAACUGAGGAAGCAUCCAAAGAUUCUGGCCCAGAACCAUCUUCUGUGACACUGGAUGAGUUGAAACAACACAAGAGCUUUGUGAAAGUCAUAAAAAAACACGAGAAAGAGAUCCGAGAGAUGGAGAAGAAAUUUCAGAAGAAGGCAGAUGACCUAAUACUCAAAUACAAGGAGUCGUUUAAAUCUCUCAAGAAGAAGUCCUCUGGGAAGAGGAAAGAGAGUGGCGGUGACUCAACCCCUGUUCCUGACAAGGCUGUGGAACUGAAGGCUAAGCUACUGGUGGAGCUGAAAACGCUAUGGGAGGGGCAGUACGAUCUUCUGAAGAAGAAGAAGGAACAGCACGCCACUGAGCAAUUAACGAAGCUGCUGGAUCUGGCUGCAGAGAAGCAUGCCAAAGAAACACAGGCACUGGAGAGAGUGAAGAAGGACAAAAAUGGUGGUUCUGGUACUGCUGAGGAUGGUGACCAGUCAACAAAUGUUGAAGCACUGGGGAGGAAGCAGGCCGCUACCCUGGAGCAGAUCAAAGACCAGACUAACCAGCUCAACCACGAGAUCCUCUCAGAACAUGAGAAGAAGACGAGUUCACUCCCUGCCAGCGUCCGAGAUGCUGUCAACGGUUGUGUGAGUCCAAAUUUCCCUGAGCUGGUGGAACAACCCAGCCCAGACAAGGAAGACGGAGAUCAGUCAGGGGGAGUAUUCAGGGGGUAGGGAUCUGCUCUCUGACUGCUGUCUACCUGGAAUGACAAAAGAUGACACUGUCCUCAGAUGGUUUCAUUGUGCAAUUCAACUUCUGGGGCAAAAGUUGCUUUGAGGUUAAACCAGCGCUAGUAAUUCCUGCCUGUAAUGCUUGAACUUUCUGGUUAGAGGUCUGAUUUCAAGGGGAUAAAAAUGUAUGUGCGCUUACAGAUUAUUUAGGUGCAGCACCAGACACCUUAAAUGCUUUGUCACAGAUUUAGCUGAGACAAUAUGCAAACCUAGAAAUCGCACAUAAUUAACUUCUAAUGACUGAAAAGGGACUGGUAUUUUGAAAAAAAAACUGCUGUGACUGCUUACAGAGCCCAGCUAUCCUCAGUUCCCCAAUCCCUAUUAUCUCUCUCUCUCUCUGUCUCUCUCUCUCUCAAACACACACACACACACACACAUGCACAUGCACACACUCAUUUUAGGUGAAAGAAGGCAUUCCUUAUUUGAAGUGGUGGAUCAGUCUGACACAUUUCAAAUGAUCUGCAUUUCAUAGAACCUUAAUAAUCCAAUGCCCCUACACAUUUUCCACAUUGUAUCAUAAAUGAACAAUCAAAAAUGAGCAGAUUUAUUUGUGCAAGAAAAAUGUAAAAAAAAAAAGUAAAAGCUAGGCUUUGAAAAAGACUGAAACGGAACAGCAGGCCAAAAAGUCCACUUCCAUGAAAUGAAGAUAAUCUCUAUGAACUAUUGUUUUAAUAAAUAGUUUAAAACCAUUCUUUCCACAUUGAGGAAACAUUUUCCUGACACUGCUUGAUGCAUUCUGUGUUUUUCACUUGUCAAAUUCCAGUGGGUGAUUUAUUUAUUUAUUUAUUAAUUUGUUUGUUCAUAUAUUUAAUUUUUUAUUUUAUAAUAAUGCACUUGGGUUCUGCAUCCAAAAACACUUGCACAGUGGUGAAAUUUGCCGAAGAGCACAUUCAAUCUUGCUUCGUCAAACAACGUAUACAUCUCUUGAUAGCGACAGCAACAUCAUAAUACUAGAUAUAUACUAGCUGAUAUCUAAUUGCAUAUAUAUUAUAUUUGCACAAUACUUAUUUAAUAAUACUUCUGAGAUUUUGUUGGAUUGGUAGAUUUGUUAUUGGAAUGCUUACUUUACGAUAAUCCUAAUGUUAUUAAAAUUAGGUUCGCUUGUAUGUAUGGAUUAUGAACACUUGUAGAAAAUAACAAAUAAAAUUG